GGGGAGCGGGGAAGAGCCUGUCCCUCCAGCUUGCCCUGCCCAUUCCUCCAAGACCUUUAUUUUUGCUUCCCCGCUAACAGCAACUGUCAUCUGAUCCUCUCUCUCUGGCUUUGAAUGGGCCUCUCUCUCUCGAGGAGUGCCAGAUGUUGAAACAAAGGUCUAAAAAUAAUCUUUCCAUCUAUCUUUCCAGAGGGGUGGGGGCACCCAGGCUCCGAGCAGCUGCGAGAUCAGAGGACCUGAUCCAACUUGGAGGAAGAAACUUCUCCAGCAAGAGCAGCGCCUGCAGAGACUCAGGGAUUUUCCAGCCCAUCCAGACCACCUUCGUUUUAUGAUCAUUUCUGGUGAUUUGGUGGGUGGGGAAACGGUACUUUUUGGACACAGCUGCCGGUUCCCUUUUCUCUUUUUCCUUGGGAGAACUCUGGAGCGGAUCUGGUCCUCCGGGCUUGAACUGGGGCGCUCUCAUUUUCGGGUUUCCGUGCUUCAUAGAGGCAGCCGUUAGAAAUGUGUGGCAGAGAGCAAUUCUGCACAAAGAUCUGGGCAGCUGCCUUGUACCUCUCGCUGCUCCUGUCCUUGCAGUUGGGCUUCGCAAAGAAACUCUGGAAACGCUCGCCACACCUGAAGCUGACUGAGAAAUAUGAUGACUACGAGUACCCCCUCCACUCUCAUGGCUCACCCUACCAGAAGAACGACCGCUGCCCGCCUCCGCCACAGACCUUGCCGGACCGAGCCUGCGAGGUGCCCAGCUGCCGCUCAGACUCCGAGUGCGAGAGACACAAGCGUUGCUGCUACAAUGGGUGCAUCUAUGCCUGUUUGGAGUCUGUGCCACCACCUCCAGUUUUAGAUUGGUUGGUGCAGCCCAAGCCACGUUGGCUGGGUGGAAAUGGCUGGUUACUCGAUGGACCGGAGGAAGUUUUACAAGCCGAGGCGUGUAGCACCACUGAAGAUGGAGACGAACCUUUGCACUGUCCGACGGGCUACGAAUGCCACAUCAUUAACCCCGGGAAUGCCGCCGAGGGGAUCCCCAACAGGGGCCAGUGCAUCAAGCUGCGUGGGAAUCCCGAUGGGCGGAACCUAAGGCCUAAAUAUUACAAGGACUCUUAUGGAGGCAGCCCCAACAGCGUGGUGGGUUAUGUCAAGCAGCAGCAGAAGCACCCCGGCUAAUGCCAGCAAAGUCUCAAGGAGAGGUCCUCCGCCGUGUGGCCCAUGGCCCAUGACCUGGCCAGUGUCUCCUCCCCCCAUCUGGGUCUUCUCUUGACUUCUGUACCACUACCUUGGCUUGUCCUAGCGACACCUUUAACACUGGCCUUGGUCCUGGCCUUCUGGUUUCUCCGUUUCUUCUCGAGACCCUUUCACUUAGCUCCAGUUUUCCUUUCCUGGAUUAUUAUUUUAUUUCUGACCACAGGGCUGCGAAUCCCAUUUGACUCCUCACCUUCUCUUCUGAGCCUCUUCCUACUGAACUGUCCUAUAGCUCACACCCAGAUGGGAAACUGAGUCAUAUAACGACAAAGAGACAUGUGGACACACCUACUGGAAAUGCACAGAGGCACAAAGGCAACUCCAAACUAACCCGAUCGCCUUCAGAGCUGUUCAUUCACUGGGCUGCAGUUUCACUCUUCACAAACACCGCAAUGUAUAAAGCCAUGAUUUGGAAGAGUCUUCUUGUCUUGAUCUAGAUGCCUUCUAAGCUUGACCUUUCUCCUUCACGUACAUUUCACUGUUAUCAGGUUUCUGGUGGGCAAUCACGUCUUGCUGCUUGUAAAAAGAAAUAAAUUGUCCAUGAGGACUAGCCCCUU